GUUAACCUUUCUUUGCUUCACCUUAACCUUGCUAACACUUUACCAUAACAUAAAGCAUUAAGUAAUAUGAACUGUCUUUAAUCUUACACCAAAAAACUUGAGCGCAACCCUUGCAGACUGAGGUGUAAGAUGGUCUCCGCUGCAUGUGUUCUUUGACAUUCAUAGAAGAAUUACAUUACCUCAUGUCAUGAUCUACAACCGUUGAUAUAAAUUGAAUAAUCUAACAUUGCAUUUACACCUUUGAUGUGAGAUUUUAUCUCUCUCUUUUUUCCAGAUUGUCAAUUUUAUGCUAUAAAGAUCCUUUCACUCUCGUUUUUAACCAGAACAGCACAGGAAGACAACGGCUGACUACAAAGGCGCAAGGUAAAGAAAGCUGGAAUGCCUCGGUCUGAGAGAGAAAGUGAAAAGAGUGGGAGAGAAAAUGAACGACAGCCACAACUGAAAGAAGAGCAUGACGCAUCCCCCCCUCUGAAGAACGAACGUUCUUCACACCAGUGCGUGGAAGAUCUUUCAUCUGCUGUAUGUUCUAAUUCUGCCUCUCAGACGGUGGGAUCAGUCCAGCUCAGCCAUACUGUUCCUUCCAACAACUCUACAUACUUAAAACAUCCACUAUGCCAGAGAACUGGUGAUGAGGAACGGAUGGAUUUUCUUCAGCUGGUGUUUCAGAAUUCUCGAGCUGGCCAGAUCCGGCCGUCUGUACUCCGCUCUACGGCUCUCCUGCUUCAGGCAAAUGACAGUCACCCAGCAGCCAUGAACAGAAGAAAAGAGACCGCGCAGAUUUCCAUACACGCUGUUUCUGACAGGAAACAAUCUUCCAGCUUACACCAUCACAGCCCUGUCCAGACAGAGAUCCAGAGAUCCAGCUCUCUGUAUAUAAAUGGACAAUGCCGCUGGCCAGGCUGUGAUAAAGUCUUUGAAGGGUACACACAUUUUUUGAGACAUCUGAACCGAGACCACAGCACAGAUGAGAAAACUAUUGCUCAGUGGCGGGUUCAACAAGACCUGGUACGCCACAUGGAGAAUCAGCUCAUUCAGGAGAAGCAGAAACUUCACGCCAUGCAGAUCCACCUUCAACUCUUCGACUGCAUCUCGGCAUGUACUGGAGUUGCUACAGGUCGGUGGAGGCCGCUGGCACUAAAAUUGCCCCCGUUGGGGGAGCCAGAUGGCAGGACAGAGAGAGCUAGGGAAGCACCGGUACAACAGGACCCCUGGCACAUACCCCCAACACACAUGCUGCCAGAUUUCGUUAGCAGUGUUGAAUACUACAAAUAUGCUAAUAUACGACCUCCAUAUACAUAUGCUUUUCUAAUCAGAUGGUCAAUCGUGGAAGCCCCAGAGAAACAGCGGACGUUAAACGAAAUCUACAAUUGGUUCACAAGAAUGUUUUACUAUUUCCGUCACAGUUCUCCUACAUGGAAGAAUGCUGUGCGACACAAUCUUAGUCUCCACAAAUGCUUUGUGCGUGUGGACGGACGGAUGGGAGCCGUGUGGACAGUGGAUGAGGAAGAGUUUCAGAAGAGGAAAGGGCAAAAAAUCAACAGGGACUACACUUUGAAUUGGCUGACACCCUCGAAUUGUCGAUCCCAUGAAGCCUCAGAUGUAUAAUAUCAAUAAAAGCCACAGAGUUUCAGUAAAACGUUUUCCAAAUGUUUAGUGUGGUAUGAACAAAAAUGAGGCUCAAGUUUUAUGAUUUUAAAGCAGAAUUUUAGUCAUGAUCCUGGAGGAUGAGAUGGUUUGAUAAUAUUCAUUGAGCCUAUCUAUCUGAAAAAUGUCAACUAGUCUUCUUUAAAAAAAAACUCUUGCUAAGUCUAAAGAAAAUACAACAAAUAGCAUAUGUACUGGAAGUUUUCUUUUUAAAUCAUUGGUCGAUAGUGGUUACAAAUUAAUGCAUGCAUUAUUUCUGAUUAAAAUUUUUAUGUUCUUUUAUGUUAUCUGAUUAACAUGAAUAAAAUAACAACAAUAUGAAAGGCUAUUCAAAAUUUCUCUUUAAGAGACCAGACUCCAACCUGACCAGAAGAGGGCAUCUGUGUGUACUGUCAUGUUUUUGGGUGUGGUAAUUCUGUAACUGUG